CGAGAAAGAGACAAUGGCUGACCCAGGGACCAAGCUCCGGUAUCUGGAGAAGAAGCGGGCGGCCGAGGCGGCGCGGGUGGCCGAGGAGCGCCAGACGGUGGCGGCCAAGGUGGCCAAGGCAACAGCCGUGGCCAUGGCUGCCAAGUUCACCGCCGGUGGCACCGAUGCCGCCGGCAACAAAGGAGGCGACGAUGGCGCUCCGGCAAAGGCAUACGGUUUGCUCACCGCAGACGAGCUGCGCAAGGAGCGCGAGGCCGCUGAGGCCGCGGCCGCCCGCAAGCGCAAGGCCGGCGAGCCGGCGGCCGGCGAGCCCAAGAAAAAGAAGAAGCGCAGGAGGAAGAAGGCCGCGGCUGGCGGCGCACCAUCUGGACCUCCGGCGAGCUCGGUGUUGCUCUCUUUUGCCGGCGGUGACGAUGAUGACGGCGACGACGAUGGGCCAGCAGUGGUGAUGGCGGCAUCUGUAUCUGUCGCGCCGCCGCCGUCGACGGCGGCGGCGGCGAGCGCAAGCAGUGAGGCGGGCGCAGUGCGGCCCAAGAUCCGCAAGAAUCCAAACGUCAACACCGAGUUUCUGCCCGACGCCGAGCGCGACGCAGCCGAACAGGUCGAGCGCGAACGGAUCGCCAAAGAGUGGCUUGCGGAGCAGGACAAGGUGAAGAAGGAGAAGAUCUCGAUUGUGUACUCGUACUGGGACGGCGCCGGCCAUCGUCGCGAGGUGACGGUGACCAAGGGCACGACCAUCCGCAAGUUCCUCACCCUUGUGCGCAACAACUUUGACGCGCUCAAGCUCGCAUCACCAGACCAGCUGCUGUACAUCAAGGAGGAUGUCAUCAUUCCGCACCACUACACCUUCUACGACCUCAUUGCUACGCAGGCGCGCGGCAAGUCGGGUCCGCUUUUCCAGUUUGACGUCCACGACGAUGUGCGGCUUGUCCUCGACGCUCGGGUGGAGAAGGACGAGUCCCACGCCGGCAAGGUUGUGCUCCGCCGGUGGUACGACGCCAACAAGCACACAUUUCCGGCCUCGCGGUGGGAGGUCUACGAUCCGAAGAAGAACUACGGACGGUACACCAUCCGCGGCAACCACUGA